CCCCGUGCUAAGCAAAUAUUUUUUGAAAAAAUGCUUUUUCACUUCCCAAGAGUGUUAUCAAUUUAUUUUUUUUACCUUUUUUAUAGUUUUUUAGCCUUCUUUGGACACGAUGAAAUCAAAACUGUCACUGUUAGUCUAUUUAAUGUUGAGAAGAAAAUUAGGUUAUAGUCAGUCUUCUUAUAGGAAAAAUAUUUUUUAUAGGGCCGUUAGAGUCUUAAAAAUUUUUGGGGGUGCUGAAAAUUUUCUAGGGGUUUUGAAAAUUUUCUGGGGGUACUGAAAAUUUUUCUAGAAAUUUUUAAAAGAUUUUUUUUAAUUUUCUGAGUGGUCCCUGUCGAAAUAAAAAUUAUUUUCCACCAACCGAAGUCGAACCAACCAACCCCCAUAACUUUAAUUCGACAUCCGUACCAAUUACCUUACCCAUUAGAGUCUUGGAAAAAAUUCUAGGGGUGUUAAAAAUUUUUAUAAAAAUUUUAAAAAAUUUUUCUGUGAGGUUCCCGUUAAGGCAAAAACUAUUUUCCACCAAUAGGACUCGAACCCACCACCCCCUCCAAGCCAAAGUCGACGUCGUUACCAACUACACCAUAACUACACUUUUUAAAAUUAAUUAAUAAUUAACUUAAUUUUUACAGAAACACAUGUAUUAAUUAAUUAAAAUUAAAUUAUAUUUUUAUUUUAUUAAAAAAUGGCAGCGGUCGCUCAAAUGCCUCCCUCUGCCCAAUCCCAAGCUCAGAAAAAGCCAAAAACCUUUCAAGCUUAUUUGCCCUCAGGCGCUCGUACUUAUAGUUGUGCUCAUUGUCGAGCAAACCUGGCAGAUCACAACGAGUUAAUCUCCAAAUCAUUCCAAGGCAGUCAAGGCAAAGCAUAUCUUUUUAAUUCAGUAGUUAAUAUUGUUUGUGGUACAGCAGAGGAAAGAGUUUUGCUUACUGGACUGCAUGCUGUUGCUGAUAUUCAAUGUGAAUGUUGUAAGACUACACUCGGAUGGAAAUAUGUGAGUUUAAAAAAUUUUUUAGCCCAUUUUAAGUCCUUGAAAUGUCCAGACUCAAGUGUCACCCCAAAAAAUAUUUUCAACAAAAAUUCCAAAAAUUUCCCUAAAUAUUUUAAGGAGCACGCUUACGAAAGCAGCCAAAAAUACAAAGAAGGCAAGUAUAUCAUAGAGCUAAUCCAUAUGGUUAAAGACAAUGGUUGGGCACAGCCGUGGGGUGAACGUCGAAAGAGGAAUGGCAGUUUGACUUAA